AUGGAUUCUAAACUAAUCAGACCAUCCACACCCAAAAAACCAUUUGAUCCAUCAUUAUUAAGAUAAUCCAAUAAAAAACCAUUUCAAUUAAGAACCUACCAACCAACUAAUAUACUUGUUAUUGAAAACUUUUAUAUUUAUACUUGA